AUGCCGGCCUCCGUAUCCUCCAAAUCCUCCGGCGAGGUCAAGACCGCCAAGGUCCCCGUCGACACCGCCAACGAGAAUGGUGCUCGCGUGAGCCACCAGCCCGCCGAGCUCAUCGUCGACGACGAUGACGCCAUGCUCGCCUCCCGCAUGGGCCACAAGUCCGAGUUUGCGCGAGAGUUCAAGAGCUUCUCCACCAUCUCGUACGCCUUUGCCAUCAUGGGUCUUGUCUCGUCCGUCGCCACCACCUUCAAUUCUCCUUUCACGCUCGGUGGCCCCGCCUCGACCGUAUGGACGUGGUUCAUCGGCUCGUGCUUCAACAUGACGCUCGGUCUCUCCAUCGCUGAGCUCGUCUCGGCAUACCCCUCCGCUGGUGGUCUCUACUCGGCCUCGGGUCUUCUCGUGCCGCGCAACCAGCGUGCCUUUGUCGCCUGGCUCACUGGAUGGCUCAACUUCACUGGCCAGAUCGCUGGUAUCGCCGGUACCGAAUACGGUCUCUCGCAGAUGAUCUUCGCGUGGGCCUACGUGAUCACCAACGGCCGUUACGUCGCCACUACUGGCGCCACCGUCGGCCUCUAUGUCGCUCUGCUCGCUCUUCACGGCAUCAUCAACUGCUUCGGCAUCAAGACGCUCGCGCGCCUCACGUCGUCCUACGUGAUCGUCAACCUCGGCAUCACCUUCAUCAUCAUCAUCGUCGUGCUGGCCAAGACGCCCCUUUCGGAGAUGCACUCGGCCGCGUACACCUUUACCGAGAUCAACAACCAGAGCGGCUGGUCUAGCAACGGCCUCGCCUUCUUCUUUGGUCUCUACUGCGUUCAGUUCGUCAUGACCGACUACGAUGCCACCGCCCACAUCUCCGAGGAGGUGUCGCGCGCCGCCAUCGCUGCGCCUGUCGCCAUCGUGGUCGCAGUUGCCGGAACCGGUGCCGUCGGCUGGGUGCUCAACAUUGUCAUGGUGCUCGUCAGCGGUGACGUUGCCAGCCAGGACAUUUCCACGUGGCCUGGUGGACUCGCCUUUGCCCAGAUCCUCUACCAGCGAGCGGGCAAGGUAGGCUUCCUGGUCAUCUGGCCGUUUGUGUGCUCGGUCGCUUUCUUCGUCGUCACCACGGCUCUGCAGGCCAACGCCCGAUCCUUCUACGCCUUCUCGCGAGACAAUGCGCUGCCCGACCGCGGCUUCUUUGCGCGCGUCAACAAGCGCACCGGCACCACGAUCAACGCCGUCUGGCUCGUCGUGAUCCCGUGCAUGGCGCUCGGCUGCCUGGCGCUCGCCUCGUACACCGCCGUCACCGCCAUCUUUGCGCUCGCCGCGCUCGGCAUGGACAGCAGCUACCUCGUGCCCAUUGUCGCGCGAUGGAUCCACUGGGACCACCCGGACGUCCAGUACAAGCCCGGUCCGUUCAGCCUCGGACGCGGCGUGCUCGGCAAGACGAUCAACGGCAUCGCCAUCCUGUGGACCAUUUUCGAGUGCACUAUCCUCGCCAUCCCCACGGUCAAGCCCAUCACGCAGUUCAACUUCAACUACUCGUGGGUCAUCAUGGUCGGCGUCCUGCUCAUUGCUACUGUCUGGUUCGUUGUCUUUGCCCACAAGCACUACCAGGGCCCGCGCAGCACCCUCACCCCCGAGCAGCAGGAGAAGCUCGGCGUCGUUUCGCGCGACGAAGAGGGUGUCAUCCACCACUAA